CAGCCCAGGAUAAGUCACUCAAAACAUACAUACAUAGUCAUAGACAAGCAAAGGAAAGGUCCCCCUGUCCCUGUGGACGGACAGAUUAUUCAGCAUCUCAUCUCAUGUAUCACAUACUCAACACAUCACCAGCCAGGAUGAUGCGCAGCAACUAGCAAGGAAAGGAAACAGACACUUAUUGGUUUCCGAUUUGCUCAGUAUUUAUUUACAAAAAGGAUGCAGAAGCAUUCACGCACUACUCAGGGUAGGCAGAUUUUGUUUGCAUUCCUUCAUGGGUUCGUUCUUUUAUGCAUGAGCAUGAGCAUUCCUCUGGAAUCUGCAACUCUACCACCCAGGGCCAGUGGUAGUACUUUCGGAAAUGAAACUGAUCUCGCGGCGCUGCUGGACUUGAAGAAAAGAAUCACCCCUCUUCAUGUCAUGAGCUCAUGGAAUGAUUCCAUUCAUUUCUGCAGUUGGGUUGGUGUUACAUGCAACAAUUCCACCAAUAGAGUCAUCAUUUUGAAGCUCAAUUCUAAAAAUCUGGUAGGAUCCUUACCACCUUCAAUUGGAAAUCUUUCUCACCUUACUGGAAUCAACCUAGUGAACAACAGCUUUAGUGGUGAAAUUCCUCAAGAAAUGGGACGUCUUCAAAGCCUGCGCUCUCUAAACUUGUCUUACAACUCCUUCGGCGGGAAAAUUCCGACUAAUAUAUCUCACUGUACACAACUAAGCAUGCUGGAUCUUCAACAUAAUGAGAUUACUGGUUCCGUUCCAGAUCAACUGAGUUCAUUGAUGAGUUUAAAUCACCUGUGGCUUACUAUUAACAAUCUUACUGGAACCAUCCCAAAUUGGAUUGGAAACUUUUCAUCUUUGAAAAGCCUUUUGGGUCAAAACAAUUUUCAUGGAAGCAUACCUAAUGAGCUCGGGCGUCUGACAAGCUUGGAGAGUCUCGGACUUGAUUCGAAUAAUCUGUCUGGUAUGGUCCCUUCUUCAAUAUAUAAUAUUUCUUCCAUGUCCCUUUUCAGUGUUCUUGAUAACCAACUGCAUGGAGAGCUACCACCAAAUAUCGGCAUCAAUCUUCCUAAUCUCCAAUUAUUUGCCGGCGGUCUCAACAAAUUUACAGGAACUAUUCCUACAUCGUUUUCAAAUUCUUCUAGACUUCGGGCGCUUGAUUUGGGUUAUAAUGGUCUCGUUGGAACACUCCCUGCUGCAAAUCUUGGAAGGUUGCAAAGAUUAGUUUGGAUAAACUUUUCUCACAAUAGGCUAGAAAGUGGGAAAACUGGCAACUUAAAUUUUCUCAGCUUCUUGGCUAAUUGUACCAGCCUACAGUCGCUGGCUCUUAACAAUAAUCAUUUUGAAGGAGAAUUGCCAAGAUCCAUAGGCAACCUUUCUACCCAACUAAAUUCUCUUGUUUUAGGGAGAAAUUUGAUACGUGGAAGCAUCCCUGAUGACAUUGGAAAUCUUUUAAGCCUGAAUGUUAUUGGAAUGGAACAGAACUAUUUGAGUGGUAUUGUCCCUGAUGGAAUUGGGAAGCUUCAAAAGUUAGUGACCCUGAAUCUGCGUACUAACAGAUUUUCUGGGCUGAUACCGUCCUCCAUAGGCAACUUGACUUCAUUGACACUACUCUACAUGUAUGAAAAUAGGUUUGCGGGAAGUAUUCCUCCAAAUAUUGGGAAUUGCCAAAGUCUACUUGAACUUGACCUUUCUAACAACAAUAUGUCAGGCACCAUACCUAGAGAGCUUGUGGGGAUUUCAUCCCUUUCAAUUUCUUUGUACUUGUCUAACAAUUAUUUGACUGGUUCAUUACCAUCUGAAGUGGGUGAUUUGAUACAUCUUGUGGAGCUGGAUGUAUCAGGAAAUAAGUUAUCAAGUGAAAUCCCCACAACCCUUGGCCAUUGUAUUAUGUUGAUGCACUUGCGUCUGGAAGGUAAUGAAUUUGAAGGAACAAUUCCUCAAUCCCUUAAAAAUUUAAGAAGUUUGGAAGAAAUAGAUAUUUCACGCAACAACUUAUCAGGGCAGAUUCCAGAAUUUCUAGGCAAGUUUCCGUUUCUUCACUAUCUCAAUCUUUCUUAUAAUGAUUUUGAGGGUGAAUUGCCUAAAGAAGGGAUCUUUUCAAAUGCAAGUGGUCUCUCAGUUAUUGGAAACAAUAGGCUUUGUGGUGGCCUCCCAAAAUUGCGUCUACAUGCCUGCUCCAUCAAAAAGUCCCAUUCAUCUCAACGACUACUUGCCCCAAAGGUAGUCAUCCCUAUAGCUUGUGCACUUGCCUUCAUAAUCUCUCUGUCAUGCUUCAUUGUGGCUCGCUCAAAGGUGAAAAAGUCAAGAGGUGGGCCUGUAGGUUCACGUUCUUAUGAGGGUUGGAAAUCAAUCUCUUACUUAGAACUCGUUCAAUCAACUGGCGGUUUCUCUAUGGACAAUCUGAUUGGUUCAGGAAGUUUUGGUUCUGUUUACAAAGGAGUACUUCCUACUGAUGGGAGGGUAGUUGCUGUCAAGGUAUUCAACCUUCAACAACGAGGAGCUUCCAAGAGUUUCAUUGAUGAAUGCAAAGUUUUAAGAAGCAUACUACCACACCGUAAUCUUCUCAAGAUCAUAAGUGCAUGCUCGAGCAUUGAUAAUCAGGGUAAUAACUUCAAUAGUCUAAUUUUCGAGUUCAUGGAAAAUGGAAGUCUAGACUCAUGGUUGCAUCCAAGAGAUGAUGAUGAAUCUCAAAGUAAGAGAUUGAGCCUUAUCCGAAGGCUCAAUAUUGCAAUUGAUGUUGCUUCUGCAUUAGAUCAUCUCCACCACCUUUGUGAAACAACCAUUGUUCAUUGUGAUCUAAAGCCAAGCAAUCCAAGCAAUGUUCUUCUUGGUGAAGAUAUGGUAGCCCAUGUUGGUGACUUUGGUUUAGCAAGGUUCCUCUUGGAAGCAUCAGAUAGUUCCUCGCAAAGUCAAACCAUUUCUGCUGGGCUAAAGGGUUCCAUCUGUUACAUUCCUCCAGAAAACGGACUCUCACAAAUUCAUAUAGGACUCUCAUGCUCUGCAUUAUCGCCAUCAGAGCAAAUGCAAAUGAAUGUUGUUGUGAACAAAAUGAAGGCAACUAGAGACUCAUAUCUCAAUUUUAGAGGAAGAAGAAAAAGGAGCUAG